UUCUGAUUCUUGAAUUGUCCACCAGAGUUUACAUGGAUGUGGCAAAAUUUGAUAAGGAUAGACUGAGAAUUCAGGAGAAGCUUCAUAAACAGGUGAAGGAAUCCAGAGAUUUUGAAAGUCUACUCCUCUUGGGAUGUUUGUUAUAUCACAGUACUCUAUUGAAAAUGUAUGAAAUCAGGAAAAAGAUUCAGGUGAAAGCUGUGCAAUUUAAAUCGCAAGAAGCCCCGCCGACGCUGGACGAGUCGGGAAUGUUUUCAGACCCGCAUGAAACCAUAGGACCAAUCGCCACGUCUGAGCUAACCUUCUCCAAUCAGCAGGCGUUGCUUGAUAAACUGCAGACGUCUUAUGGCUAUUUCAGAGCCGCUUUCCAAAAGAGCGAAGACAACUGUACUGAUUUGGACACAUAUUUGGAAAUUUUGUAUUCAAAUCUGAAACUGAUAGCUCAUCUUUACACACUCCAUUUCUUAAAAGAAAAUGCCAUUGAGGCUUGGAAGUUGGUGCACAGUUAUGGCCAAAAGUUCUCACAUCAAAGUAUGCGCAUAACAGCCGUUACGAAUCUACUGAAAAUACAGGCCCAAUUUGAUAACUCUUGGACUGAUGAUGCAUUGGAAAUAGCCGAUUCUCUUCCUGAAUCAUCAACAGAGAGACAGCUGUUCUACAUUCGCCUGGCUAGUAACUGCAUGAAAUCAUCCAAGAUCGCAGAAGCAGUCGAGCAUUUGAAAAAGGUUGGAACAAAAUUCUGGGAUGAUAAAGUGCGGACCAACUACCUGCUCACUGUGGGUGAAGUGCUGUUCAUCCCAGAGUCUUCGGCUCUGUGGAAGGGAAUUCCCAGCUCGUCCAGCAAUGCUUACACAAAAGCUUCCAGACAUCUUCUCUAUAUGAUCAAAUCUGAUGACUGGUGUGGUUACAUGGACCAUUGUAUCCUGCAGGAGACGUUUGUGGAUACAAUGAUGAGCUUGAAGCGCUAUUCGAGCUAUAUGAUGAUGCCACGCCUAACCUACUACUAUCUCACUGAGCAAUCCACUGUCGUCCAAAAGCUGGCUGUACCUCUCAGGUUGGCCGAACUGCUGAUCUCGCUGGCAUUUGUUGACGUGUCAGUGCACAAGAAAGACGACUGUGACAUGAAGUUGGCAAACGUGAUUGCUAUCCUAGGCCUGAACAGGAAACGCUACGUGAUUGGCGCAGGAGAUAGGAAAGCUGAACAACGUGCAGGAGACAACGUACUGUGUUUAGCCAAGCAGCAACGGGCCCGCAGCCCGCAGCUGUCGCCAUCCAGAUACGAAAUGUUGGCGACUGCGCCUGCGCAGAACAGUUCUCCGCUGCAGCUUCGCGGGGAAGAAUGGACACAGAUUGUUCUGCACUCUGCAGACUGCGUUUGUCUGUUAUGCAGCAUUCCAAAAUACGUACAGCUGACGUUUGAUGUGCUACUGCUUCAAGCUGCUGCUCACUGCAUACGGCACCAGUUCAGUCAGGCUAUCAAGUACUAUGAUGAUGCCCAGGUCUACCUGCAGCAGGCUGUCAGUGGCAAAGGAAAGGCGAGCGAUGAUUGGCUGGAAGGCAGGCAGGCGGUGCUCUACUUCUUCUACACGGAGAUGAUGGUUAGCAUCGGCAACUGGGGAGCGGCCGAGACGGGUGCCAGGAAGUUGGCCCAGCUGAGGGUGGGCAUCAGGCGGCCCGACGUGGUGUUCGGCGUUACUGCCGAUCACAUCAUGCUGCAAAGGGAUAAUCUAAAGUUCGUCAAUUUCAAGAGUAAGUCUUCAAUUCCAAAUAACUAGUGACCCCUUGGGUUG